AUGACGACGCUGCUGGACCUGAAGAGUAGUGUGCUGAGACAGGUGCAGAGGAGCCAGUCGCUGAGGAGCCGAAGGGAGGCUCCGCCCACUCCCAGCAGCCCCCUCACACACUGUCCUGAGCCCCUACCUCGCAGGUGAGUCACUGAGGCUCACUUUUACACAAUUACACACAAAUUGAAGUAGCUGGAGUUCAGCUGAAUUUUAGUCUGUGCUUUUUCCCUGGGUGUGGAAACAAUCAAUCUAUGAUUGUGUAAUUUGCAUUGUUUUGCAGUCUCUGCUUAUUGAUUGUCCGCCAGACACAAAUUAAGCCUUGCUUGAGCACAAAGCAAGAGACAAGACGCUAAUACACCACGAAAAAUAGUUCCCAGCUAGAGUUAAUAUGUGCUUAUUGUUACAGUUCCAAACAAGUUUGGCUUUAAUAAAAGGUGCAGGAGUGUAGCUGCAGAAAGAUAAUGACAACCAGUGGGAAUACAGCAACCCAAGCAAUAAUUAAUGUCUUUUUCUCAUUUGUUUUCCACCGGCUGUCCAUCUGAAGCCACAGGUCAUCAUUUCUUGUCAACAAGGUGUUUUAAUGUGGUUGGCAUUUUAUUCCAGAGUUGUGACUCCCUGUGAGCCGGCCGUGCACAAGCUGCCUCGCCCCCCAAAGGACACAUCAGCCUCACUAUUACAUGCACAGUCAGGUUCUGAGUGGGAUCACAAAUGCUGCUUUCUUGUACAUCAGUUUGCUCCUCAUGUCUCCUUCAUAAGUGCCACAUCGCACCUUGUAGUGACCUGAAUGUAAAGCUUUUUUUUUUUUUUUUGGUGCAUCAUAAAGCUAGAAAGCUAAAUAACUUGGGGUUACGGAUGUGUGUUUCGUGUCGAAACAAUCAUGACAGUUUUAUGUUUUUAAGUUAAGAUGUGUGUGUACAUGUAUUUGUUUUAAUAGAUGUAUUUAUGUAUCUUGUCACCUGCACAAAAGGCAAUAUUUGAAGCAUUUAAAACACUCCAUAUAUAUAUAUAUAUAUAUAAAUAGCUGCAAGAUGGGAAUGAAGAGUGAAACACUUCGGUAGAUAGGUCUUCAUUUCAUUCCUCAAAAAUAUAGCAUGAUAUAAAUUUCCUUUGGUUCUGCUCUUCUUCCUCACCAUUGAAAAGAAAUAUGAGUUUGGCUGGAUAAAAGAAAAACGCAAUAAUCAAAAACUUAAUUCAAACCUAGAAAAUCAUCAUGGUUUAUUUACAAUAUGUGGGGAUAUAAAAAAAAAAAUCCGCCACCGUGAAAACAAAGCAAAAACAGCGAUGCUCAGCGUAAACACCUUUUCACUGAGAUGAAAUGGUUUGAGAUAAUGAAAGGGAGAGAAUGAAAGCAGCAGCAUGUCUGUAGAUAAAAUCACAAUAACGCUGAAAGUAAAAAUGUAUUUCCUACAGUUGAAAAGGAAGUUUCAGUAAAGAAGCCACAGACUGUGAAGAACAUGGACCUGGUCUUAAUGAUACCAGCCAUUAGACUCUGGGGAGAUGUUUUGAAGCCACCAUAUUGAAAAUGCCAACCCUGUCUAGUUUUCGGUUGGGCUAAACACAGCAUCUCUUUCUGUUUGUCAACACAGCUGUGCCCUGCAUUAUGAAUGUUUAUGUGUAAGUCUCUACCCUUGGUGUUAUCUUCACAGCAUGUAGGAGUAACUGAAUGAGCUUCAAACCCAUGUUUCAUUUCACUGUAAAGAUCUGCAUUCAACACAGGACCUAUUGGUGGCUUUUGCUGCCAGCCUCAGGUGGACACUGAGGAAAUGGCAGUUUUUGCUCUCCCUUUGGCUUCAUAUUUCAAGAUCUCUGCUUGAUAGAAACCCAAGUUUUGCCGAGGUUUACUGAUGAGAUUCUCAGCAUGGGGUUUGUAUUAAUAAGAUUUAUGGAGCCAAACAUUUACGAUAUUUGUACACUAACCCUUUCAAAAUAACUGCUCUUUUUUGACAGCUGCUUGACCUGGAAAAAAGCAUGUUUUUAGUUUUAGCAUUUCAGAAAUUACCUUUAAGAACUACUUAAAGCUUUUAAGUGCAUCCUGAAGAAAAAGCUGUGAAAUCAAAGUUUAAGAUACAGAAUUGUGUCAUCUGCAUAGCGAUAGAUAUUUAAGGAGACAUAGAGGAGACUGUAUUAUUUAUAAAGAUACAUAGAUUUUCGGUAAGUUCCUGUACAGUUGGUUAUGAAAUACUGAAAUACUGGGUGAUAGUGUUCUGAAAGACCUCAGUAUGAUUCAUUAUAUAAAGAAACACUGGACAAAUGUCAUUUCAAUCUUCUAAAUAUGCUCUCCAGAUAACAAAAUACAACCUCAAUGAGCAUGUCAAGUUUACACUCCUUAAAUAAAUAAAUAUUUAAACUGUAAUUAUUUUUUUUAAUUGUUCACAGUUAGUUGACUCCAGAUGUUUUUCUCUUUUCUGGGUUUCUAGAAAAUAGCAUUUUUUUUCUUUUUCUCUAUUCCUCACUGUUUGGUCUGUUGGUUAUGUGCUGAUUUGUCCCAUUGUUUAUGUAAAUAUUGUUAAUAUUUAUGUUUGUAUUUGUGCCUCUGUCAUUGUCUUCUAUAAUGUACUGGUAUGUACUGUUUGUAUGUCUGUGCAUAUGUUAUGCUGUGAUUUGUUUGAUGUGGAGAAUAAAGAGAGUCUUUGUGGAUUUGAAUCUUGUGUUUGUCUGUUCUUGUCCAGCUUUGUUCCUUUCUCUCCUGCUUUCAACUUUUGAAACGUGUCCAUAUGUGUUGUCUUUUUUUUAUUACUCUCCUUUAUGUUUUAUUUUUUUUUAUUUAUUUAUUUUUUCCAGCUUCAUAGCAGCUAACCAAGUAGCACAGGUGAAAUCAGGUUUUUUUGAGACUUGUUUUGAAGCUCCAUCUGAAGUCAGAAGUAAUAGUAUGAACCUGAGGUUUCUAUAGCAACCUAAACACUGGCUGCUGCCACUGUGUGAACUUAUACUCAUAAUGACGACCAAGUCUAUUUUUAACAUGGAAGAUAACCUCAGAUGUUGUUUUGAACACUGACCAAAUUUGGAUUUGUGUCUUCUAAAGAUUUUAACAUCCUCAACAUGUCUGUGUUCAUGCUGUGUUUCUGUCUUGUUAAAUCAGCUUGUUUAUAUUUUUAAAUCUCUUUCAUCCAAUGUGUGUUCCUGUGACAUCAUAUCUGUGUCAUUCAUUAAAGAGCGAUCCGAUCCGUCAGUAUCUCACCUCUCCCUCAUUUCCCAUGGCAGCACCCUGGUGUUACAGCCGCCCGCUGAGACGGGCGCACACCCGGAGUGCUCAUCAUUAGAAGCAGGCUGUUGAUCUUUGUUUUCUGUUCACUCCUCUGCUGCCGCUGCUGCUGCUGCUGUUGCUGGCCUGCGUGAACCCUCACUUUAAUUUAGAAUUUGCAAAUGAGGCCAGGUGGAUUUGGGCUGCUCCGUCCCUAGUUGUUGACCCAGAAGCGCUCUCCACUGAUCAGUUACGGCAUAUUUGAGAUGAACCUUUAAUUAAGUCGAGUAAAUGAUGCUUUUACCUCAGUGUGAGCUGGUUGCAGUGAUGAAGACACUGAGAUGAGCUUGACCGCGUGUUACGCAGUACAAACCCUUGGGGACUUAUAAUUAAAUUUGCAUUUUGCACUUAUUAUUGUUUGUUAUUUCCCUUCCCGUCAACAGGGCCAGUCUCCACAGUGGUUUCAAAUGUGCGCUGGCUGUGUUGGCAUUAAUGAAUUUGACUCCUCAGUGUCACUUUAUUAAGUUCUCAUUUUUAAACCAAUUGAGACUAACACAAUCUAUUCAGUGUGCGAUGAAACGAGACCUGAAGAGUCAUGCAAUUAUGGAAAUUAAUGAUCAACAUGCUUCAUAUUUAAAGACUGAAGCUAUUUUUUAAAUGAGUACAUUGUGGAUGCGUUCUAUGAAAACGAAAUAACAAGUGCAUCUUUAAAAAACUUUUUCUGUAGGAUUUUGCUCCAUAAAAAUCUACGUAAUUCUUUAGAAAAGUAAAAUAAUCAGUUGUGAGCAAAAAUUUCUUUAAAGAAUAAUCAUAUUUGUUGUGGACAAUUUUUAGUUGUGGAUUUGAUUUGCAUCUACAUACCUGGCAGAUUCUGUCAGAUGAAAUAACAGACCUACCUGUAAUGUCUUCUUUUGUGGGAUAGUCAUCUCACAUUCUGCCAAUUUCAGAAACUUUAAGUCAGAAACUAACAAAUAAUUAGCAAAACACACAAAGAAAUGCUGAAGAAAAACUACAUUUCUGCAUUAGCUUGUCUUUUAUCCACUCUUUCUCUUCUUCAGUCCAGACUGCUUACCUUCUGGACAUUUUGAAAACCCACUGCAUUUAUUAAGAUUUGAUUCUGUUGGUUCCUGUUGGUAUGUGGGAACAUUUUAAGUACCAGUAAAGUUACAGGGCUGUGAAUCCUGCAUAAAUGUGCACCAUAUCUCAAUGAGGAGACCCACUCACUUGAGGUUUCUGUUAAACUCAAAAAUACCUGCAGCCCACCUGAAUUUCAACAAUCUAAACAUCUCCAACCAAGUGGGUAAGCCACUAUAGUAGCUAAUAUUACCUUGCCAGUGUUGUUGUUAGCUAGCUUGCUAGCCUCAGGCCAAGUAAUACUGCCUCCAUUUAUCACCUCACAUCCUCAUCGGAUUUACACAUUGACCCAUUGGUUGGUACCUGACCCCUCUGUUAAGGGGUCAAGAUCUAUGUGAGCUCUCGUUGAGGGUGCAUGAGUGACAGGUUUGUUACACUGGAGGGAAAUGCCUCUGAGAAGAAUAGUAUUGAUCAUAUAUGUCAUUUCAAUCGAUUUUGUACAACCAUGGAGCACAAGGGCGUACAGUACCUUGGGCUUUGGUUGCGGAGACAAUUCUUGGAUCAGAUCAUUGUUCAUUGUUAUUUUAUUAACCCUGUCCCUCUAAAAGAGAACUCCCGACACAUGCAGUUGUAUUAAUUGUUAGUAGACAUGUUUUAUUCCCUGAGGUAGGAAUACCCCACACAAUGCUGCUGUGACUUUCACUUUAUAACACAACACUGUCAGAAGCAAUUCCCUUACACUGGGGCUAAUAUGAAUUCUCUAACCAAAUAAAAAAUAUGAGAUAUAAAUCAGAAAUUCUCUGCCUGGACAUUAUCUGUCUUCUGCGCAGUAAUCAUAUUAGGGCUUUAGAGUGUUAGAGUUGCCCUUUCCUUUUUUAUUAAAGCCUCUGUCAGCUAUUGACCCGCACUGUGAGGAAGCAAAAACUGUGAAACACAAUUGUGAAGCCCCCGAGAAGACCCGAUGUAGAAGUCAUUUGACACCAGGCUGCUGCUCUGUCUACCAUCUGUUGUAGCUGGGAGACUGCUGUUUCACAGGUUAUUGAGUCAAAAGAUUGUAUCAUAGCUGUUGCAAACGUAUCUCCACAUUAGAGUCUUCUCACCUGUAAUGUUUUGCUGCUAAUCAAAUGUGUAAUAAAACAAACAGUGGUGUGUGUAGUGUUAAGGAGGGGGGAUUCUUGUUUUUGAUAGCAGCCACGGGCUGAUUUUAUGCCCAGACAAGCAUCAUGAAUGUGAUUAAAAAGGCAUCUCAUUUUAUUAGAAUGCAUAGAUGUCACUUUGGCUUUCAUGCCGCAGACAACAGUGAUGUCUGCACUAAUAAUUACCAUGUAUGCACUGCCAUAUUAUAUUGAAGUAUGAAGUGUGGGCUGCUGUAACCUUCACACUCCCCAAUUAGUCAUGUUUAAACACAUAUUCUGGCAGAUAGAAGAAGCUCAGAGUGUUCAUGCUGUUAUUUAUGUUUUCCAUCUGAUUUACUCCCCAGACAGGAAAUUGCAAUUGAAUGAAUUCUGAAAAUAAAUUAGAAUAAAAUGACAGUAUAAAACAGGACCUGUUCCCUAGCAACAUCGAAUCAGUUUGUUGUUCAACCGACGCUCGAGUGUGUGUUUGCGAGCGUGUGUUCAAAAGAACAGGGAAAGGUUAAAAGAUAUCAGAAUCGUUUUUUGUUUUCAGAUGUAGCUAAUCAGAGUUGACUUGAUUUGCAUCUUUUGGGGAAUUUAAUUCUGCUCAUAAACGUCGUCCCAAAGCUCAAAGCAAAAAGCUCCCAGACUGUCUGGACAAAUCCUCAAGCUGUGUGACUGACAGAAGAGGAGACAGAUUUCUGGAUAUGAGAAAGCCCUGGGUGAUUGAAAAUGGAUGUGGAGAGAAUUGAGAGUCUCACAAGUAUCACAAUCAAAUGAGGCUUAUUUGUAGUGUUCGCGCAAAUGAAAACUGUAAGCUCCGGAAAACAAAGCCUCCCAUGUCUUGUCAGAGAAACAAGCUGUGUUUGUGGAGUCAUUCAAAGAUUGUAGACUUGGUUUGGGUUUCAAGCUGUCCAAAACUGACUGAUAGACUGUGUCAGAUAAUAUUAACAGCUCAAAUUUGAUCUCGAACUGGCUAAUCAACAAACGUGACAGUGAGGCUAAAAGCAUAAGCCCUUCUUUGCUACAAAAUCCAUCUUUGUAGAUAAACACAGAAACUACACUUGAGACAUGGACCAGCUGAUGAACAGACAACGAUUUAGUAGUUUUAACAAUAAAAUAAAAAACAGAAUAUGCUAAUUCUAGUUAAAGACUUUAAAAAUGGUGUAAUUUAUUGUAUCCACUGUGUUUUAUGAUAAAUUACUCAAUAUUUUUCUAUAUUGAUAAUCUCAGGGAUAGGAGUGAUUAUUUUUGGGUGAUAAUUUAUCAAGUCUGACAAAUUGCUCAGUCAGCUCUGUUCUGUAUGGUAUCUCUUUGUAUCGUACCACAGGAUAUUGUUCUUUAUUGUAUUAUACACCACUGAGAUUUUUUGGUCUAAAAGAGGUGUAAUGGAUGUCUGAAUGUAGCCUAGAUGACUGGUCUAAAAUCAGGCUACCACAGGUCUAAAAAUGUUUUUUAGACGUCUACAUUUAGACCAAGUUUAGACUAGCUGGCUAACAGAGGUCUACAUUGUAUAUUGCUCAAUUGCUAUCAUAAUUAUUUUAGUUAAGUACUUGGGGAUCAGUUAUGCAACUCACAGUUGCUUUUUUAAAAUAAAUAGUUAUCAAAUAAUGGGUUAAAGUGCACCGUGUAAAUUCCAUCGAAACAUAUACAGAGUCUAGACGGUUUAAUUUAGGUCUAAUAAAAACUAGAUGUCUAAUAGCCAUCUAUUGCUCAGUGGGACUGCAUUUUAAUAAAAAUACAGUGUAGCAUGGCAAAGUGUAGCAAUAGCAUAGUAUAGCAUAUUAGUAUGAUAUAGUAUACUGUGGUGUAGUAAAACAUAGUAAAGCAUGUAUAGUAGUAUAGUGUUGUAAAGUAUUGAGGGUUAAGUUUAUAGCAUGAUUAAGUGUAUACUGUAUUGUAAAAUGUGGUAUAGUAUAGUAGUUUAGUAUUGUGUGGUAUAGUAUAGCAAAGUUAAGUAUAGAAUGGUAAGAUGUGAUGUUGUAUGAUAUAGUAUAGUGUGGUAAAGUAAAAUACAGAAUAAUUUUGUAUAAUAUAGUUUAGCGUAUAAUUGCAAAACAUUCCAUAAUAUGGUAUAGUAUACUGUAGGAUAGUAUUAUGUGGUAUGGUAAAGUAUAGCAUAGUUAAGUAUAAAAAAACAAUGAGGUGAGGUGUUGUAUGAUAUAGUAUAGUGUGGUAAAGUAAAAUACAGUAUAAUAUUGUAUAAUAUGGUUUCGUGUAGUAUUGCAAAACAUUCCACAAUAUGUUAUAGUAUACUGUAGUAUAGUAUUGUAUGGUAUGGUAAAGUAUAGUUAAGUAUACGUAGUUGAGGUGUGGUGUGGUAUAGUAUAGUAUUGAAGGGUAAAGAAAAGUCUAUAGUAUACUAAAAAGAGUAUACUAUUACUUUGUUUAAUAUCAUAUUGAAUCUUGUAUCAUAUAGAUCAUGCAGUUCAUGUUGAAACAUGUUAAAUCAUAAUGAAAUGUACCAUAUCACUUUACAACCUACUGUGUUGUAUUAAAUUGUUUGGUAUGGUAUUUCACUGUAACAUAAUGCAACAGUAUAUGUUAACAUACUGUGUUGUUUCACACUGUAUUUUCAUAUGCUGUGGUAUAUUUCUUUGUCUUGCACUGUACAUAAUUAAACAUACUGUGUUUUUCUUAGUAUAAAAUUUAAUUUUAUUCAUGUUGUAUCAUUUUGCAUGGUUGGUUUGAUACCCUAUUGUAUCAAAUUGUGUUUUAAUAUGUCUUGUAUGAUAUGGUAUCAAUUAUUGCUGUCAUCAUGUAUUGUAGUUAUUGUUAUUAUUGUGUCAUUUUUUAUAAUAAUGUAAUGCAUUAUACAGUAUCAAAGAAUUAAAAGGCAUUUAGAUAAUUGUCAGCAGCAGCUUCACUUUUAGACUUGUUUUGUUCACCAUGAAGACCAUUGUGGUUGUUUAAUAUUGUUCCAUAUUUUAGAGGCGACCCUUUUUUGAAGGGUAAACUCUAAUUUACAUCAACCCUGGUGCUGAUUAGAGAGUCCAACAAUUUGUUCUAUGAAUACAUCUACCUUUCAAGAUGCGCUUGGUUUGAUACGGUAGUAAAACUAACCAAAUUGCCCAGCACAGCUGCCAUUAGUCCUCAUCAAUACCUCAGGGGUUUGACUUCGGCUCUCCUACCAUGGUGAGAGUCAGUGGGUGCUGGGAUGGGCUGCCACACGCCUGCUGCGAAGGGAUGACACUAAUAAAGGAGCGUGACGGGGGUCUCUGUGGAUGGCUCUUCUGCAUAAUGUGACAGGGGAUGGCUGGGAGACGAGGAAGAAGACGGAAGCUGGGAGGUGCUGAGGGGGUUGUCGAGGAGUUACAGGCAGACAGCAUGGCUGUUUCCGACGGCUCCGCUACAGCUCACAUCAGAGCUGCUGUCUGCUCUACUGAUUUCCAUACAGGCCAGGAGGAAGAUGCCCGCUGAGAGAUUUGGAAGGGGGCGGGAGGGGGUGAAGGGGUUGAGAAGUGAAGGGGAUCCCCAAGGUGUUCAAACCAGUUUCCCCACCAACCCCCACUCCCCUCACCCCAGAAUGUGCCAUGUAUCACCAUGACAACUGAGGCUGGCAGGAGUUCGGGGGAUUCACUCACACCUGGAGGAAAACAGAAAACAUCAUCUGCAUUUUUUGCACGAAGCUCAGCUCAUCAUAGUCGAUUAACACGCUCCAUGCAGAGUGCAGACAUGUUGCUUUGCUGAGAGCUUUGGUCUAACCCAAGCUUUGCUUUUUAGUACCAUAAAACAGCAUGUGAUUGCUAAUAAGAUGCCAGGCAAUGGGGCCCAAUAAGUCAGCAUUAGAUGGGAACAGAUUGUCUUUAUUUGCAAACUAGAUGAAGUGGGAUCUGGCCAAUGCAACUCAGGUCAUCAUAAUCACACUGGGAACAGUUUGGUAUAAAGUCAAGCUGAGGGUGGAGGGCACAAAUGCUAACUUAAUAUUAAACUGCUGAGUUUCAGUUUGCCGUUUGAUUUAUUUCGAGUAUCUGUGAACAGUUUUUUUGGCAGUUUCUCAACUGAUGAGCCACUGAAGAGAUGAUUUUUGUGGCAUUUAAGGGCUGCUGAGCAGUCUUUCAAAACAAAAAGGUCAGCAGCUAAUGUGAGCGUUAAAACACUAAGAAGCUCAAAUAAAAUCAGCAAGAAAUUCACACGUUUCAUAGAAAGUGGCUAACUGUUAAUGUUAGCUCUUGUUUGACAAAUGGCUUAUAAAAUACAGUAUGUUGCGAUUCUCAACAAGGCCAGAUUUAGCUCCAGAUUUUCUCCUGUCUUGUUCAAGAUGGCCUACACUUAAACAAGCGAGAAAUUCACGUUUCACAGAAAGUAGCUAACUGCUAACGUUAGCUGUCUUUUGAAGAAUGUCUUACGAAAUACAGUAUAUUGCGAUUCUCAACAAGGCCAGAUUUCCCUCCAGAUCUUCUCCUGUCUUGUUGAACUGGAUGCCUUAAAACAAUGAGCAAUGAGCUGAAGAUGGCCUACACUUCAACAAGCAAGAAAUUUACGUUUCACAGAAAGUGGCUAACUGCUAACAUUAGCCAUUGUUUGCUGAAUGGUUUAUAAAAUCCGGUAUGUUGCGAUUCUGGUCAAGGCCAGAUUUCCCUCCAGAUUAUCUCCUGUCUUCUUGAACUGAAUGCCUAAAAACAAUGAGCUCAAGAUCGCCUAGACUUAACCAAUAAUCUGGCUGUUUAUUCUGAAUAUUUUCAUGCCAAUUUUUGAUGAGUUGUCAAUCUGUUUCUCCGUCUCGUCAGGGUUUCUGAGGAGAGCGUGGAGUUCUUUGAGCGCGUGAAUGCUAUCCUACAGAAACAGGAGAACAUGCUGCGGGCUGCCCAGGCUGAGGUAAAAACCCCUCCACUCACCUUCCACCUCACCAUCUGUUCUACAUCUGAAGCAUGCUUGUGGAGCCAGUAGUGCUCGGUGCUGUUGCUCAAGCCUUCUGUUGUAGCCAGUGUGACGUUCGUAGACAGAAGGUUCGGGUGGAGGAGGGCGCCGUGACAAGCUGCUGUCGAUGGUGAUGUUCAGCUUCUCCUGCUGCCAUGUCAACAAGGCAAUCAUAGCUUUUUACAUCAUUACAAGAGUGAUGUCUUCAUGCACACAUUUGUACUUGGUACCAGGUAACAAUGGUGACAAUGUUUAAUCAUUGGUCAGUGUAAUGCACAUGUCACUGUUAUGUAAGAGCGAGGGCCUCUUUGCCUGAGAAAUGAUUUUUCUUUUGCGUUUUGGACUCAAAGUUUAAGAUGUCUCUGCUUUCUCCAGACCCUUGAGAGAGGCAGCUGUUGUUUUGGAUUAAGUGUUUCUGGUCCCCUCACAGAGCCAGAGAGGGGCCUGCACCGUGCCGCCGCCCCAGGAGCACGUAGACCAGUCUUUCAUCCCCGACAGAAUCAGCAGGACUGAGGUGCAUUGGCUCUGCUUUCAUCCAAUUUCAGCAGGGAACAUUUCUUUUUUUUAAAGUCACAAAAAACAGAGUGUUUUUUUAUAUUUAUUUAUUUAUUUCUAAUCUCUGCUUUUGAUGUGCAACAGAGCAGAAAGCAUAAGGGAAAAGAAACACAGGGAUUGUUAUUAAGUGAAGUGUGUUUUCAUGUAGCUGGACCUGCUUUAUGAGGAAGUUGUGUACACUGUGGUCAACCGAGUGGGAGUGCCUCAACCUGAACAUGUGAAGAGUGACGAAGAGCUGUUCGCUUAUCUUCUGAAGGUAUCUAUCUAUCUAUCUAUCUAUCUAUCUAUCUAUCUAUCUAUCUAUCUAUCUAUCUAUCUAAAGUAUCUGCCUGUGCUCUGAAGAACUGAUUAGUUUUGCGCUCUAUUAAAUAACUCUUAGUAACACGGCUGCUCCCCUCAUAUAAGGUGUUAUUGUUGUGUUAUUUGUGGCAGUAUUGGUUGGGAGGGAGCAGACUGUAAGAAUGUGAGUAGAUGCUCUUGGCUCAAAUCUGAUUAAACAUCAAAGCCCAGUCACAUUGUGUGCUGAUAUUCAGCUGUGAUAUUACAUCCAUUCAGAUGAUGUCGUGCCAACGGUUUGAGCCUUUUUAAUCUUUUCUUCAAGUGCUAGAAGCAGCUGUACAGUUUUCUUUCAGCACUACAUAAGCGACUCUGAACCUGACAAAAAAAAAACACAAUUAUUAACACCUGGAAUAUCUAUUUGUUUUUCGUAACAUGCUUUAUUCUAAUUUUCUACUGUCUGAUUGUCUCUCUGAGGUGUUUGAUCUGGGUGAGGAGGAGCAUGACAUCAUUCUCCAAAAGGUUCAAGAAUCCAAGGUGAGACACCUUGUUGAUGAGUCACUCCUCAUUCAUAUGAUUUUUUAUUUUGAAAGCUGUAGUUUGUGACUCAUCUUCUUUUGGAUCCUAAAAUAGAACAACUGUUACCAAUCCCUUGAAUUUGAAGAGUACAUUCAAGAAACUGGUGAAUAUAACUUGAGCCUGCUACAUUAAAACAGUACGUGCAGUAUGAGUAAGAAGUAUAAGUCCUUUUUUGGCAAAAAGUUAGAAGUUAAGUCAUAGAGAACAAUGAAUGGACUUAACUUUUUAGGGUAUCUCUGUAUGUGGAAGUUUAAUCUGUUUAUUUUGGCAGGUUUUUUUGGCCAAUUUUGAGUGCAUGCAGAAAAGUCUUACAUUAAUGCUGCAAUCUAGUUACCUCCUAAGUUGAAUGUCGGAGCUAGGAAUGAGGUUACACCCGAGUUGACAGCGUUCCACUAAACAAGUUGGAAAACCAAGAUGGACGCCUACAGGUAGCCAUUGUUAAUAAUUGUCAGCUGUUGUUAGCCAUUGUUAGCUAUACCAGUUGUAAACAAUGCAUAACACAGUAUUUUACUCUUACAAACACCGUAGCACCGUGUUCACAGCUAGAUGUUGGGCAGAACAACAGAUACCACUUAUUUAAUUUCACAAAACCAAAACAGAAGUGCGAAUAAAUAAUAUAGUUUUACUCUUUACUGUUGAUGCACUGUGCUGCCAUCUUGGAUUAUGACGUUGUCGUCAAGUCUGGGUUGGUGAGGAUCGUCCGACUUUCUGAGUCAGAAAUCCAACUUCAGGGGGGCGUUCCAGAUUAAUUUCUGACUUGGAGCUCGGAAAUUCCAACUUCUGAGUACAACUGGAAUGCAGCAUUAAUGUGUUUUUCCUGCUCUGUCAGUUCUUUUGGUUGAUUACAAUAAUUUCAGGGUGAACAGUUAAAAUUCCCAGAAUUAGAUACCAUACUACGACAUAGACAUAAGAAAGACUGUCAGUGGCUAGAUUGUAAAUUUUGAUACCUGAAACCUGUUAGGGGGUCACCAGAAGUUUGUCAGCAUACAGGAAGUAGCCUUUCAUUACAUUUCUGCAGAUUUGAGGCUGUCCAUGUUUUGGUAUGAAAAUGGCCUUUUUCUUUGCUGCUAUGUAAAUCACCUCAUCUGACUCCAACCCCCUAAAAGCAUUUACAGGCAUCAACGUGAUACAGAAAUGGACAAUUGUGGUGUUAAUGCUCUUAUUGGCUUUUGUAGAUCAUGAAAAUCAGUUUCAUAACAAAUUAAAAAACCCCUAAUAAAACUUUAACGGCUGAUCUAAUUGUGGUAUUCUUUAAGGUAUGAGUUAUUACUGAUUGAUCCUAUCACUUGUCACAUAGUGCAGAUUCAGAGCCAUCAGUCAAUCUUUGGCACUCUGGCCAACAUUUUCUCAUGAGCUGUGCAGAAGUAAUAAGGAGAAAGCCUGACCUGCAGAGUCACAGCUUGAGUGCUGCUGCCUUAGGAGAGCUGUGAGAUAAAAGACCUCCAACUCUUAAAAGCUUGAUCUGGUCUGAUUUUGUGGCUUUGACUUGACCGCCAGAGACCUCCAACAUACCUGAUAAAUAACUGCCACUUAUCUAUUUGGCCAUUUUAACUAAGAUAGUUCAUGGUGUUGCUUAUGGUUGAAGUUGAAAACUGAGUUUUUUAGCCUGUGACUCAUGAAAGAUACUUGAUGAAGCAAAAGGGGAUUGAUUUUUCAUGUUCUCACACAACAAUGGACAAGGUUUUUAUUUAAUCCAGAUACAAGAGUGUCAAAACACAGUACAGUGUGCUAAAUGCAACCCUAACCUUGAUUGUUGCAUUUACAGCAAAACCUUUUUCUUUAUUUAACAGAGAGCCACUUUUUCUUUGAGAGUGUCUGUCAUAAAAGCGAAGAACCUGAUGGCCAAGGAUGCAAAUGGUAAGACUUCUCAAGCACUUAAUAACCUUUUAUGUUCAGAGGGAAGGAAUUUUAAAGCUGUCCAUGGUUCACACUGGACAAAUUGUCAAGUGAGUCACCUCCCUUUAACUCACAUCACAUAUCACAUCUUUUUCAGCUCUUCACAGCAAUAUGAAGGCUCAAUCAAAAGGAUUUUUUACCAGCAGUGGUUAUACAAUGCAGUUCUUUUUAUAGCAUAUUGAGGAAUUUUAUGCAUUAAUAUCCUUUAGCCCUCCUCCUGUGUGAGGGUCUGCACCGACUUGUUCGUUUUUAUAUGCUUUAAAGAACCACUUAAAUUAGCUUUUUUGCAUCAAGACUUUUUGACUUUGUCAGGAACCUCUACUUCAACAAAAUAAAAAUUAAAUUGACUAAAUUAUAAAAUGCUCUGAUUAAAAUUAUGGCACUUGCCGUGUUAGGGUCGCUGCUGACCUGGUUAGAUUAAAAGUCAAUAAUUAAAGCAAAAAAUAAAAUCAUAUGCGCACUGUCAGGCACCACACUGACAGUCAGAUCCUCUUUCAAUCAUGUGAAUUAUAGGAAAUUUUCAUUUUGCCUUUCCAGACAUGAACAUGUUCAGGCAUGUCCAGACAUGUGAGAUCAAUUCAGUAUAGAUGUCUAUGUGAGGGGUAUACUGACAAAGAAAGGACCAUGACAAAGAAGAUUAUAAGCAAUAUUUUCAUGGAUAAUGAAGCCCAACUAGAUAACCUAGAGAUGAGAACCAAAUUUGAUGAUAGAGAACUGUUUUAGUGUAAUUUGCAGCUGAUUUAAGACACGGGUCGAAACUGACCUUAAACAUAGUGGGUGCGUAGUAAGAGCUAACACAGGAGGAAGGGUAAAAUUCCAUGAAAUCUGCAGACAGAAAUAAUGAGCCCCGUACAUCAGCUAGAUGGAGAUGCAGCAUGACUGAUGUGAAAGUCUUGUGUGUAUACCUUCUUUUGAUGUACAAUAGGUAUGUAAAAUAUUCAGUAAGUGAUUUUUUUUUUUCCAGGAGAAAAAAUUAAUGUCAUCAUGCUUUAUAGUCCCCCACAUAUAAUGUGUGCAUGUAUUCAAGGUCCAUAGGCACAUAAAGGUCCGCCAUUUCAUUUAAUCCAUUAAAUUGUCAACUUGAACUCAACAGCGAUUUCAGCUGAUUGUUAUUUUCAAAAGAGACCAAAUAUGCUUAAUCUCAGUCUUGAUUCAUCUCAUCAUAACACUUUUAUACCAAUUACCAUUCCCUUUUAUUUCCAGACUGUUGUAAAGAGCAGCUGCUAACCGGCUUCAUUUCAUUUCUAAAAGGCUAUGAUGUCUUUGUGUUUUUUGCCAAAGACACAGUACAGAAACAACUCUGCAAAGGGUUACAGCUGAUUUACUCCUUUAAGCAGAGAGGGAAGAACAUUCAGUCCUGGUUUUCAUGAUUUAACACUGCCUUUGCAAAAUCCUACUUUCAGAAGUUAUGUUGACAUCUCAAAGACAGUCUUACAAUGAUUCCAAUGUUGGUUAUAAAUUUAUCAAAAAGAAAAUAUUUUGUAAACAAGAAUCCUUACCACGCUACAGGGGUCGAUACUUGGACCCUUUCCAUAAUUGUAUUUGCUACCCCUGUGUUUAUCAUGUCAUGUAUUGUUAAAACACACAGUUGCUCUGGAGAACUGUCUGAUUAUUACUAAGCCCAAGAUGUUUUAAAAUAUCCUUAAACUAUACUUAGACAAAACCAAGCUUGUUAUUUUGACCCUGAGCCUUUUUCUACCUGAAUUCUUGAGAUUACAGAGCCACUCUCUUCUCCGUCAAAAAGUACUUUAAGUAGAAAUGCUGAGAUUUUAUUUUACCAUCUCUUGGAAUUUAAUUGCCAUGUAAGAGAAUUGCUAUAACCUUGUUUAUUUAACUGUGAAACGUAAAAAAAAUAAGGCUUUCAAAAACAGCACUGAAGCUAAAUCUCAUUAUCAUUACUCUACACAUUAUACCAUCAUGGUCUAAUCAAUCUGUGUCUGUGUGUUGUCCCAUGGCCUUUUAGGAUACAGUGACCCCUACUGCAUGCUGGGAAUCCUGGUAGGCCAGAGCCCGAGGGAGCUGGAGGACAAGAAGGAGAGAAAGUUCAGCUUCAGGAAGAGAAAGGAAAAACUGGAGAAACGUUCCAGUACAAAGGAAGUGUUACCUGCCAGGUGUAUCCAGGUUACUGAGGUCAAACCAGAGACCCUGAACCCAGUGUGGGAUGAGCACUUUGUGUUGUGAGUACAGCAGUUUGACUUUUACCAGAAGAGCUGACUUAAUGACAUGUGAUACACCCACAGGUGCAAUGUCCAGAGCUAUUGGUAAUGUGGGCAGUGUUGCAAACUAUCGUCUCUGAUUAAGGAUUGUUGAAAGUUUUUUUUUCUUUCAUCAUUUUGUAUUCAUGUAAAUGAAACUGUACUCAACAUUUUCCCCUUUGUUUAACAGUGAAAUAGAGGAUGUUCACAAUGACCUCUUACAUCUCGACAUAUGGUGAGAUUCACACACCUCAAAUCUUGCCUUUAUUUCAGGUUAUUUUGCUUUUUCUAAUAUGGUUGCUGCAUCACAUGAAACACACACAAAAUAAUCAGGCCAUGUUGAUUUUUUUUGACCUGAGCUUUUAUUGUCAAUUUAUAACACUUAAGAUCAUCGACUUCUGUCACAAAAAAAUUCCACUUUUUUUUUCCCAUUUACCCAAACUUCCAGUACAGUCAGUUUUAUGUGUGCUAAGAAAGCAGAGGUUUAAUGGACAAAUACUGUUUAUUGGUUUAAAUUUGUUAUCUAUUCAUAUUGAUCUGGACAGGUUUACUUUUUUAAUCACAAUUACAUUUAUUGACAUUGAAAUCACUACUACUGAAAACAGUUACUCAUGAAUUGACAACCCCAUUACAUGUAUUUUAAAAUUCAACACUCCGAGUAUCUAUGAAGUGAACAUUAAUAAGUGGAAGACAAAAAACACGAUGUAUCUUUUUGUAGAAUACUAUGGCAUGCUUGUCUAUCCCAGGUGAUAAUAUAAAUAAAAUUCACAUGUAUGUAACAGUAUUGAAAGGGACUAUGCCUCAAUUCUAUGAUUUAGUUUUGAUGAAAUUAUUUAAUUAAAUUGGCAGACUUUUACUUCUAGUUCUCCCACCACUUACAUUUUAUCACAGACUGCAGAGCCAACAUAUCAUCCAGACUUUUCAGGCUUGCAUCUUUGACGAAUCAAGAAUGAGAGUUAUAUUUCAUUAUGACAUGCUCUUGCAAAUAUUAGCCCAUUCACUUCUGUUGUGGCACUUGCUUUGUCCCUUGGCUUUUCAGACACACAAGGACAUAUUCACACACCUGCCUCCUCUUGCCUCUCCCCCUGCUCCCCUCUCUCUUCCUGUAGCCGCAUGAUAUCUUGUAUUCUGUUAAAGAUGCAUGAGUCAACAAUUAAAUCUACAAAUUCCUCAUGCCCCCAAACUUUGUUGCACGUUAAUCUGAGCUUGUGGUGAAGUGAAAGUGAGAGCUGUGUAAGGGUAGGGGGUAGAGCGCACACUCAGAGCACAGGAAGAAGGGGAGGGUGCGUUUCAUUUAUCAUGUCAGACAAAGCAAGUGGGCGGCACAAUAUUGUUCAGUCUCCAUUAUCACGUUUUUUAUGAUUAGGGUGAGUCAUAACUGUCAGCUCUACAGUACAGUAUGAAAUAUGUGUUAGAAUAUGCAGCAAAAUAAGUUUUAUUUCAUAUGGUUUGCCAUGCACUGAUAAUGGGACUACUCCGCUCUCCUUCAGGGAUCAUGAUGAUGACGUGUCUGUUGCUGAAGCCUGCAAAAAGCUCAAUGAAGUCAGUGGGCUUCGAGGAAUGGGAAGGUAAGAGACAUCACGAUAUAGAUCCUUCAUUAUCAUAAUUAUAGCAGUGUGAAGGUGGGCUUCUCUGAGCCCUUAGAAAGUGUUGAACCCUUUAAAGUCCCACUCUGAUCGUCUUUUUUAACUACUUAAAGUGUUCUUAGUGGUCUUUAAAUUGUGAUUAUGAAGUUAUUACCAAAAAAUCACAUUACCUGUGUCGUUUUCAAGGGUUUUUCUUCUACAGAGCUCCAGUAGAUCAUUAGCAAUUUGCCUCUAAGUCUAGGUGGAGACAGUGCUGCUCUGCAAACUCGUCUUCAUGAUAGCUUGCAGCCUAACAUUGUCGAUGUAGUAGAAGAGGCAGGUAACGUAGGGGCUCUCGGACACUAAUGUCUUUAGGAACACGAUAAAAGCUAAUUUCAUAAUCAGCUUUCUUACAAGCAUUGCAACCCGAGUGUGGCUUGCAUAGCUUGGAUUGGUUAUGUAUAAAACCUCACUGUUUCUGAACCUGCUGUUUGGUUCUGCCAGAGAUUCACAGGGAUUUGAGUGAAGAAAUACUCAGAGAAGCAAUUUCGCAUUUAGUUUUCUCAUGAUUUGUCCUGUAGCAUCAGAAAAAUGCCAUAUGAACAUGUAGACAACAAGAAAAACAUGAUUUUUAUCGGAGUGGGUCUUUAAAUAUGUGCAAGUUAAGAGGAUAAUGGCAUCUGUGUAAAUACUAGACAUCUUAUAUAAGAUAUUUUCCAAAGGCUGCGAUAAAUUAAAUGUAUUUUUUAAGAAAAUGAAGAAAAAUAUCAGUCUCAACCUGCUUGUUGCUUUUUAGGAAAUAUUAAAGUUUCUAAUAUUCUUUAAGAGCCUGAAAGAACGACUUACAACCAGGAAAGCCUGAUGCUUGUAAAACUGCACCCAUGGAGAAUUCAGCUGCAGCCAUGGAGGAAAGAAUAAACUGCAGACAAGUUUAAUGAAAACCUGGAAAUGUCAGUCAUAGCCGAGGAACAAAAGCGUGGUGCCAUUUGAAAGAUGUGGUAAAUGGCCAUGUGAGGGGAAACUCUGCUGUUAUUGUAAUCUUAAAUCACUCUGAAAGAAGGCAUCAGCAAGAGCUUUCCACUGAAAACUGUUAGCUAACAGCUCUCACAGCACAAUUAAACAUGAAGUCAAACUGUGACAAUUGAGACUCAUUUUUUCCUCUCUGUGCUUUCAUGUCAGAUACUUCAAGCAGAUUGCAAAGUCAGUGCGUGCAAAUGGAUCUGCAUCCUCAGGAUCAGAGGAGAACGCAGACGACUUCUUGGGAUGUAUCAACAUCCCCUUGAAUGUGAGCAGUGCAACAUUUAUGACUCUGUCAGAGUUACACUGACCAAUCAAAGAAUGUAAGAGAUUUCCAGACAGCAUGUCAGCAUGGUGAAUCUGGCGAUUUUGUCUUGUCACAGGAAGUACCAGUCGCCGGUUAUGACACCUGGUUUAAGCUUGAGCCUCGAUCAAGUACGUCCAAAGUUCAGGGAGAGUGUCACCUCAUACUGAAACUGUUCACCUGCCAGGUUUGUACCGCAAAACAAUAACAUGAGACACAGUGCAAAAUGUGAAUAACAACUUAUAUUGCUGUUUUGUCUUUCAGAGAGACACGGAUUUGUCCAGGAAGGACUCAUUCGUCUCCAUUCACAAGAAACUGCUGAGUCAGAUCAUAGAAUAUGAGCACGCUCAUGUCAAGGUGACCAUCAUUUAUGAUGCAAAGUUAUAUACUGUAAAAAAUUCCUGAGAAUGUGAGAGUAUUUUCUCAUGCAGUAGCUUUUUAAAACCUUUUUUUAAUCAUUUUAACAUCAGCUAGCUCUUUAGUUGAUUGAUUAGUUGAUUGACCUGUCAGCAUGGCCUCCCAGGGCUGCCAAUUCAGAUCACUUAACAAUUGGGUUUAAAUGGCCGAUCAAAGCCAGGCAGCUUUAUUUGUGCAGCACAUUUCAUGCACUUACAUAAUAAGAGAAAAAUUCAAAAGAGCAAGAAGAAAAGAUUUGUUAGAACCGCUUGUUAAAAUUUACUUAGAAGUGCAUAAUAUGAUGCAAGAAUAGAAAUGAUCCAGGUUUGAAGUUCAGAUGGUGGAGUCGACAGUGUAACAAAGUUUAGAUUGCAAGGUGGUCAGAGUCUAUCAGGAUCUUAGAGAAUAUUCCAGGUUUGUGCAUCAUGAGAACAAAACACUGCCUCACUUUUUUGUUCCAAUUCCUGUGAAGGCCAGAGCGCCAUCCCCAGAGGCCUCAGGGUCCGAGAUGGUUCACGUGUUUGCAGCAUAACAGAGAUGAAUUUAGGUACUGACCAACAGAGAGGCUUGAGCACAACAGCAUUAAUCUUCAAAAAACAAUUAUCUUAUUAAAAGGGAGCUGGUGUAAGGAUUUUAAAAUUUUUCAGUGGUUCAAACACAACGGCAAAUAAGAGAAAAAUACAACGGCAAAUCAGAAAACACAACGGUAAAUAAGAAAACACAACACAAAGAGAGAAAACCCAACGGCAAAUAAGAGAAAACACAACACAAAAAGAGGAUUUUCUGAUUUUGUUUUCUUAUUUGCCAUUGUGUUUUCUUUGUUUGAGUUGUGUUUUCUGAUUUGCUGUUGUGUUUUGCACAUCAGGGCCACUGUAUCAAACAGACCAAUGCAGUGAUCUAAUCAGCUGGAAAUGCAGACAUGUAUGAGCCUUUCGGUUUCAGUUUAAUGUCAUUUCUAUGUGCUUGAAAUGAUAAAAAGCAGACAAAGUCAGUGAUUUGAUAUUGCAGAGGAAAUUUAACUCUGAAUCCGGAUUAAAAGAGACACUGUCUGACUUCAUUUGACCUGAAGGUUAUGUCAGUCUCUUCUCUAUGAGGUUGGGAACAUUUUGUUGCAUCCAGUCAUGGUUUGCCCAAAGAGUGACAUGGUGCAUAGAAAAGACAUUUUGUGUAUUUAUGAAAAUCAGACAUGAGUCAUACCAGCCUGAAAAUAAUGAAUUGCUGGAAAAGACUGAACAAAUCAGCUAAUAAUUUCUCAUUCUCAAGAACGAAGAGGUUAUUGUGCACUGUGCAUGUUCUGUUAUUAUCAAUAACUUUGAUUGAACCAGUAUUUCAUAUUUCUGCAGCCGGACUGAAACACUUUAGUUGAAAAACAAAAACAAAAACAUCUAAUCCCAGCCUUGAUCUGUAAUAAACAAGCUCUUUACUUGCUGACUUGCUUCCACUUUUACUGUUGUAAUGUUAAACUAACUUUUAAAAAGUGUAUUCUGUUAACUAUUCUGGCAUUCAACCUUCCGUCUGUGUUAGCUUUUACAACACACCCACUAUGUUAAGGGUUAAAUCAGCUGUAAAUUACACUAAAAACAUUUUUCUACCAUCCAAUUUGGUUCUCAUCUCUAGGUCAAUAUUGUUUAUAAUACUUGUUGUCAUGGGACUCUGGGCCUUUCUUUGUCAGUAUACCCCUCAUACAGACAUCCAUACUGAACUGAUCGCACAUGUCUCGACAUGCCCGACAUUGUUUUUUGUGCAUGGUAAAACAUGGCAAAAUGAGAAUUUUCUAAAUCUCACAUGAUUGGAAGAGGAUCUGACUGUCAGGGUGGUGCUUGAAAGUGAACAUAUGAUUUUGGUUUUUGCUCUAAUUAUUAGAUAAUAAUCUAACCGGGUCAACAGCGACCCUAACAUGAUAAGUGCCAUAAUUUUGAUAAGAGCAUUUUAUAAUUUUGUCAAUUUAUUUUUCAAUUUUUCUUUUUGUUAAAAUAGAGGUUCCUGACAAAGUCAAAAAGUCUUGGUGCGAAAAAGCUUAUUUAUGUGGUUCUUUUAAAUAUUUAAAAACAAAAACAGGUCGGUGCAGACCAUAGCACAGCAGGAGGGUUAAAUACAAACAAAAAGAGGUUUAUGAGAACGUUCAAAGUCUAUCAUUUGUUGUUAUAAUUAAAUUGACACAGUCAUCUGCUUCAUAUGAUUAAAGAGAGAGCCCUACAACUGGAACGGGCAGGUUAGCCCCGCAGCAUGGACUGUGCUAACUCAUCAUGCUGUGCAAACUGAUCUCUCACCUCUGCAGCAGGCCAUUAUGUGAGUAAAGGAGGGGGAAUCAAAUUGAUUGAAUCAAAUUUUUAAAAAAUCUGAUUAUAAAAAGACACGUUUUGCUUUUAAUCACAGUCGCUGGCAGUGCUACAGCAGCCACCACAGGACCCAGAGGGUGUGCUACUCCCUGCUGCUGCGCCUCAUGAGGACCAUCGAUGCAGAGUGGGACCCUGCUGCUGUGAGGGGGGACCUGGUAGGUGCUCAUGUGCCAAAAAAACAAAACAAAAAAAAAACUCUCAUCAUCUGGAAACAGUCACCUCAUUAGCUCAGCUCUUCACUGACAUACAUUAAGGUUUUUGGUUCAGCCAAAAAUGUCUCCCAGCCGGUGUACUUGAAGCUAUAACUGAGGGCCCUUCCUGUGUCCAGGAGAGGCAGCUGUCAGACAGCUUCAGGCUGUACACAGAGCACUGCCUGUGCCUGAUGAAGAACAUGCGUCAGGUUUUCCCCUGCACCAGCGCCGCCGCCAUUACACGCUACGAGCUCAUGCUGAGGUAAAGUCACACUGCCAUCACAUCACGUCACCUGUGGCGCCCAUACCCGGUACACUGUCAGCAUCUCACCCCAAUAGACACAUAGAUGUCGAGCAGCCAGCCUUCACACUCUGUGAAGGAAGCAGCAUCGGGUUCCUUACUCACAGAGAAAGAUCUUAACCAUUGCUCAUUACUCAUCCCAAAAAGAAGUUCCUGACACAAAUAAUUCUGUACAAGAGCUUUUAUUUGACACCUGUGAGGUGAAUCGUGAGCCUCUCCCUCUCAUCUGCAGACAUGGAUUAGAAUAGAAAUCCAUGCGUUAAUUUUAAAGGUGGGGUAGGCAGGAUUCCGUUAAAGAAGCAUCUUUUUUGUGGUGUAUAUACAAAAAAUGUUUUAAUAUCAGUCAAUAGCUAUUAGUUAUUGAUGACAUUUGGUAAUGUGAUAUCGCUGUGUUUUAUGUCUGUGUAGUCAACAUUUUAAAAUUUCAGAGCAGCCCGCUCUUUCUGACUGUAAACAAAGCCAUUCCCUGCCUCCCCCAAGUAGAUUGGUUGUGAGGCAGACACUGCUUCCUCGUGUCGUUUACGAACCCAAACGAAGUUAGCGCGCUACAAUAUCAGACAGUAGAAACCAACCAGAAAGUACGGAAAAUUGCCUGAAUCCUCCUUUAGCCACGACUGCCAACACAAGUAAAGAAAACAAAGUAAAUACAGGCGACUCUGGCCGAAUAACGUGCGCAAAAAACGGAGGUAGACCCGACAAGAGCUAAAAAGGCGGGUCAACAGAAAACGAUAGGGGACACUUCGGGAACUUACGGACCCUGUAACCUUCCUGCUGGACAGGUAAACCACUUUAACAAAGUAAACCAAGUGUCUGUAACAGAAGUGUUUCUUGUCAAACGGGACCUGCUGCAUGUUGUAGCAACGCUAAACUGUUUACCUCGGGUCCUGGACUAUGUCACUUUAUCCUAGUUGUAGAAGUCCUGCAAACAUUGAGUUUUCUGGUAGUCUGUUGGCAUCUAUAGUAGCACCAAUGCUUUAUAAUUUCAUGUUGACUGGGCCCCAUUUGUAAUUAUCUUAAGUACUUAUCGGCAUUAUAUCUGUAUUUAAUUGACAUGAUACGAGCAAGCAGAGGCGUCUGUUUGUGGGCGGGGCUUGCUGGAGCAGAGAGGGAGGGGAGAGGAGGAGCUGAGGGGAAAACUCGUUGGGAGGGGUAGUGUUUACAUUCAAGAUUUCUCCCAAAAACUGGCACUUCCUCAGAUCCUGCCUACCCCACCUUUAGACACAUUGUUAUUAGAACAAUGAAAGCAAUGGAUAUCUGUACUCAAGCUUUGCUGAACUGAAAGUGUUGGACAGGCUGACCUAAGCCGGGUUCACUGAUUUUCAAAAGCAGGUAAUAAAUAAUAAAAUGUACCAAAUUAGGAAGUCCAUUCCACAUAAAUACCAGCCAGCAGAAGCAGCUAAUUACUGACCUUUAUUCUGCCGUGUCUCACUGUGUUAGAGAAAGCUUCUAUUGAAGGCACCAGCUCAGCUCUACCCAGUGAUCAACACCCCAUAAAAGAUAUUUUCUACAUUUGAGACACACACUACACACACUAUGACCCUCCUGAAAGCUAAAAGUGCAUCUUUCCUCUCCUGCAGAGAUAAUGCAGGAACCUGCACGAUAUUAAAGCGGACUGAAUUUACAGAUUAUGUUUAGUUUAGAUUUCAUUUCUGGAGCAGUGUGUAAGAUGUGAAAAUAGUAUUUACAUGACUUGAAAGCAGCAUAUUUUUUUUUUGUAAUUGCAUUGUUUAUGUCUGUGUAUGCCAGGGGGAUUGGUUACAUACAAAACAUGCGGGCGUUUAAGACCGUAUGUCCUCUCCGAAAUGAGCUGCAUUUGGACAUCACCACUGCUGUCAAGGUAAGAUUGGAAGAGGUUCUUGAAAGAGGGUCUUUAUUUUUGACUCAUUAGAAGCAGGAGGCAGAGGGCAAUAAUAUAUCAGAUAGGUGUUUUUUUUUCUUUUUAUGUGAACUGAAAAAUUAUGUACAGGAAGAUGGUUAAAGAAUUUUGUCUUGUAUUUAACUGUGCUCAGUUUUGUUGGCUUCAAGGAUGCAGAGUUUUGUGUUUAAAUGAGAAGAACCCUCCAGGAAAACAAAGCCAGGUAAAAAUACAACAGAGGAGCCCUGUAGUGCCUUAAAUUACCCUGUUAUUUUCCUUGAUCUGUCAUUAUUACUACAGAAAGGGAGUGCAGAGUGGUACGAAAGCUUAAUUGCACAAUACAGACCAGAGGAUGGGGUAAGUUUGCGCUCAUUAAAAACACUCUUGGUAGAAAUCAUUGUUUCUUACAUUCCUUUGCUUCUGAAGAAAUGAGAUCAGUUUGUUGUUCAUGGUGUAUUGAUCUCCAGACUCUAGAGGAUCAGCUAAAGAAGCUGGUUCAGGUGGUGGAUGCUGUUAUUGCAGACGUGCAGCGAGCUCAGAACAUCUACAACAAACUCUUCUACAGGUGAAUACCGGUGCCUGACAUCUAAUCAAGAAAAACAAGAACCACUGAUCCGUGUUUGUUUGACUUAUUUUAUCUUUUGUGCCCUGCAGUGCCGUGAAAGUCGAUUUUUUCAGCAUUUCAUAUAGACAGUUGGAGAAACAGGUCGGUGAUUGUGAGAAUGAGAAAAUAUGUUUUAAGAUUACACUAUUGUUACCUCUGACUUUGACAAAGUGACUUUAAAAAACAUCCUCAACACCUUUACAGGUAGCAGAUGAUGUUAAUGUGGCGAUGGAGCGGGUCUGUGGGACUCUGGAACAGGAGAGCUCCAGACUGACUCAGGCCAUGGGAGAGACCAUCUUUGAGCUCUUCAUGUCCUUGAAAAGCCUCAAAGGCUUUCGGGAGUUUCUUCCUCUCAAGUUGGUUAUCUCUCUGACUCUCAUAACUAUUCACACCACAGCAUUAAAAAGUUCCAGACGUGCUGUUACGCUUCUGAAAUGUCAGGAAGAAAAUGUAGAUUUAUCUCCACAUUUAAUAGAAAGGCUUUUGUUCCCUCUCAAACAGGGAUGCAAAGAUGUUAGCCCUGACCGGCUUUCAUAACUGGUUCAAGUCAUCGAUUCACAAGUGGCUGCAGAUCAUUCACGACAGAUCCUGCGAUAGGAUUUGUAAAGCUGUGGAAACAGACAAGGUGAGAGGCUUGUGCCCUGAGAUAGAUGUUAAAAAUAGUAGUCAAACAAAGCUUGACAGUGGUAAAAUGAUUAGAUAUUGUAUAAAAUGUGGACUCUGAAACAAUGAAACACUGUGUUUGAUAGCAGAUGCACAGUCUUUAAUAAUAUCCCAGAAUGGGUGUUUUUUUUUUUUUUUUUUUUUGUUAACAUAAUGUUUAAUUUUAUUUUCAUGUGCCACAGAGUAUAAUAAUUCAUAUUCUGAUCAAACAUAAAUCAUACAAACACAUACACAUAAAUUCAUGACAAGGCAGAAAAAAAGAGAAAGAAAAAAAAAAAGUAUAUAAGUGCAUACAUAAAUAAAUGACACCCAAAGUGUGGCAAUAUGUGGCAGGCUUGUUGGUCCCCUCAGUAUCAAACCAUAUUCAUACAAUUUUUCUUUCAGUUUUCUGGUUCUUAUUUCUGUCCAUGAGAAAAAGUAACAGCGAACAAAAUAUUUAAGGUAAUAAGAAUAGUAACACCAGUUAAUUUGGCCACUGAUAGUGAACAUAUAAGAAGAAGAAAAAUAUACAUAUAUAUGCACGUACGUACAAAAAAACAAACAGUUGUUUUAAUUGUUACUCCUGUCAGUAUGUUACUUAAAUAUAGAAUCAAUUCUAUAUGAGUUUAUUUCAAAUCCAGGUUAAAAGAUUUAUUAUACAAAAUACCAACAAAAAAAAACCCCCUUAAUAUCCAAAAAAUAAGUCACACCUGUAUAUGCAAGGGGAUAUUGUGAUUGGAAAUAGCAGUUCACUGAUUCAUGUUACCAAAACUUGCAGAUCCACUUGCAACUCUAAAGUGAGACCUUUGACAAAACCAUUCAAAAAUGUAUUCAAUCCAACCUUACAGUGUUUGUGCUGCUGUCACUGUCAGCAGGCAGGCGGCUAUGCAAGAUGGCGGACCUCAAAGAAAGCGCGCCAGAUUAUAUGGCAGCUCUACGGGGCACGUGGAGUCAUUAACAGUAUGCCUAUUACUGUAAAUAGACUUCAAAUAGACCAAAGGCAUACAUUAUUGUAUAACUCCAGCUGCGUUAUUCGUCAAGCCUCUUUAGAGCUUUCAGUGCUUAUUAAAAGAUCUUUCAGCAGAGGUUCAACGGUUGGAAAAUACAUUCAUAAACACUCAGAAACGAUCUUAUUAGAUGCUUUAAAUGAAGGUUAAGACUAACAAUGAAACAAAAGAUUAAAUAUAAAAUUAAUGUGUUACCUUUACAGAAGGAAGAGGAUUAGGGCCACUGGGAAAAAAAGUAAAAUAUAUAUUUUUUAUUUUUAUUCUGAGAUUAAAGUCCGAAUUCGGACUUUUUUUCUCCAAAGAUAUAAACAGUGGACAUAAGCAUGGUUUUCUCAGGCCAUCUGCCACAUCCACAACGGAGAGUCCAUGCCCUACUUGUUUCACAACAUAGCAGUGGAUGACUGACUAGUAUUUGAUAUUCAAAUGGAAGGACUAGUGUAACAUUUGUAGUUAAAUAUUCCCCCUUUUAUGUGUCUGUUUUUGAUUUAAAAAGGCAAAUGUCACAUGAUAUUAGUGUUGUGUUCCAGUUUAGCUAGUUUGUCAGUCGAAAACGGGUAGGACAUGGACUCACCAUUGUGGAUGAGAGAAUCAUGCUCAUGUCCACUGCAAGAUUAAUUCUGACAUUAAAUUUAGAAUUCUGACUUUAAUCUCAGAAUUGUGACUUUUUUUCUCAGAAUAAUAAUUAAAAAGAUGUAUUGGACUUUUUUUUUUUUAUUCCCAGUGGCCCUAAUCCCCUUCCAUAAUUACAUGGUAUAUUGGAUAUACUGACAGUUUUUGAACCUCUUCAGAAAGGCUGAGGAGUUACAAAAAAUUACUAUUUAUGAAAAUUACAUAAUUCUUGUUUACCGCAAACACUGUAUAUGUAACAUGUUGCAUGUUGUGCUUGUCUGCGUGGUAAGAGCAGCUGGAGCCUAUGCAGCAAGCCAAACACAGCUCCUCGGCAGUGGAGGUAACAACAUGUUUCAGCCAGGUACGUGAGAUCUGGCUCCAGCUGGCGUGGCCUGACUCUGCGGGGGCCUUCAUCUUCAUCACCCGUUUGACAGACGUGAGUACCACUUUUAGUGUCAAUCUGCACGUACCUGUACACACAUGAAAACAUGACUCUGAGCAGACCAUACACAUGUUCAAGCAGCUUUAAAACAGUUUCUUUUUUAAACAGACGUAGAGUCAAAGUAAAAAAAAAAAAAAAAGGAAAUGUAACAUUGAAAAGCUAAAGACUCACAUUUCAUCCUUCACAGAAUUUUUGCAAUGAGGCUGUGUGCUACUCGGAGAUGAUAACUCGCAAGAUUGAGAGGAACCAGCUGGGCCGAGACCACAAGAGCUUCACAGUGCAGGUAACGCCUGUAGCGAGACAGAACAGGGGGUGGGCACGUGGUGACGUGGGAAGUAAAUGUCAGCAAGUGUUCUCUCUGGCAACACAAAGGGCUCAACGGGAGAUCAGAUAUGUUUACACUCAGGAAAAAUUUGAAGCACUUGUCUGUUGUUGUCAUCGUCAGUCAUUCACACCUGCACCCCAUUCCUCCAAUUCUCUUUAGCCCUGCUUCUUUCCCUUCUUUGUAUCUCCACUACCCACCCUCUUUUUCUCCUCUUCUGCUCCUCCUUGCUCUCUGCUAGCUCUGCAUCGCCCUGAACAACGCGGAGCAUGUGCGUGUAUACCUGGGUCAUCUGCCUCAGGACCUGGACUGGCAGGGUGUGGAGCGGGCCAUGGAGGAGUCCUGUGGGGUGGACGGGAAGGAGCAGGUUUACAAGGCGCUAAAUGGGCAGCUGUUCAAUAUGGACCUGGACCUUCAGAGAGAAGCUAAACGACUCAUUGCCCUGCUCACUGAUAAGGUGUCUUACUCCUUGCAGAAGUAACUGCAGAGCAAAUACACUUAAAAUAAUCAUUCCUAGGACAGAUAUUUCACUUAGUCACUACCUGCAUGAACAUAUGUAUUAAAAACUGUCACUUUGCUCUGGAGGGAAUGAGCAUAUUAAUUUUCAAGUGCUUUUUUUUUUUUUUUAAGAAUGCAUCAACUCUUCUACGACGAAGUAUUAGGGCCACAGUAAGAAUUAAAAAAAAGUUUUGAGAUUAAAGUCAUUAACUUACGAGUAUUAAGUAAUUAGUAAUAAAAAAGUUGUAAUAAAGUAUUUACUUACAAAAUAAAGUCGUAAUUAAGUAAUAAGUUAUGAGAGUAAAGUCGUACUAAUAUCAUUACUUACGAAAAUAAAGUCGUACUAAAAUCAUUACUUACUAGAAUAAAGUUGUAAUAAAAUUAUUACUUGCUUAUGAGAAUAAAGUGGUAAUAAAGUAAUUACUAAUGAAAAUUAAGUCGUAAUAAAAUCAUUACUUACUAGAAUAAACUCAUAAUAAAGUAAUUACUAACGAGAAUAAAGUUGUAAUAAAAUCAUUACUUACUUAUGAGAAUAAAAUGGUAAUAAAGUAAUUACUAAUAAGAAUAAAGUUAUAAUAAAAUCAUUACUUACUUGCAAGAAUAAAGUCGUAGUAAAGUAAUCACUUAUGAGAGUAAAGUCAGAAUGAAGUAUUUAUAUUUUAACUUGCUGUUUAAGAUGACAUGUUGAAAUUAAAGCCAUGGAGCUUUUCAUGAAAAUGUACUUCAGUAAAGGUUUUUCAAACAAGGAGAUACUUAAUAUUUUGGCACAUCAGCACCACAUUAUCAUCAGUAUUAUAAAGAUUUUAUUUCGACUUUAUUCUCGUAAGUUAUUACUUUAUUAUGGCUUUAUUCUCAUAAGACUCGUAUGACUUUAUUCUCAUUAGUAGUGACUUUAUUCUCAUAAAAUAAUGUCUUUAAUCUCAGUCUAAUCUUUUCUUAAUGUGGCCUUAAUACUCCAUAGUAACUCUUCAGUUUCCUCAGUGUGUAAAAGAACAUUUUAUUCUGUGCUUUAAUUAAAAUAACAUUAUUUAGCACUAUGCAUGUACAACAUCAGGUCAUACUGUUCAUGUAGUUUGCAAAAGUUGUACCUGCAUCUUAAUUAUGCACAUAAGCCCCCACUUGUGAACACUUGUUACAUGUAUGAGAGGCUAUUUCUGUGCAGAUGCUCCCUGAGCUGAGGAGGUACAUCCAGCACAUCAGCCUGUCUCCGGACUCCAUCAACAAUGACGACGUAAGGCCCAGAACGCUCUUUUAUCAGUUGUUUUGAAGCUGCGGUACUUAUGCUAUAUGUGGUGAUGUAACCUUCUUUCAGGCUGUGUCCCCGUUGAUGAAGUACCUACAAGACACCAUGAGCAUCCUCACUGAAAACCUUGUGAAGGAGAACCUGGCCAGGUAAUUAUUUCCUCCUCCUCACUAUGAAUGCAGGCUCAUUUAUUUUCUUUUUGACAAGGACAAUGAACAUCUAUUAAUACCAAAUCAGAGUAAAUAUUGUGGCACAAUCUGCCUAACAGCUCAUAGCCAUCUGGUGAGCUUGUGCAUUUAAUGAUAAAUGUUGAAAAAUAACCAUUGUUAUUAUAAAACUAAUGAAGUAUAAGAGAACAACAGCAGGAACAUGUCACGAACAUCACAGAUGAUGGAUAAAACUAGGCGCACAUUCAUAAUUUCCUGCUGAAAAUCAUAUAACCAUACUGACCUGACAUCACAGUUUUUUACACAAAGAAUGAAGUGUGAUUAGACUAGCCAUUCUUUGCCAUCCUAUCUGUAUAUUUGACAUGGACAUAAAACUGAGCAUCAUCGGCCAAAAAAAAACAAAAAAACUGUGACUUUACAAACAAGACAGUUUACUUGAAACUCACAUGGGAGCAUGAUUUGAUGUUAUUGAAACAUGCGGUACGGAGCCAGUGUGUUGAGGAAUAUAUUUUUCCUCCACUGAAAUAAAACAGUGUCAUCAGCAUAAAACUGACACAGAAAACCAGACAUUUUUAAGGAACUGUAUUAUGAUGCCAUACAAAUAAAAAAGUGUGUCAUCUGCAAAAUGUUGACUUGAAAACUGAAGCACAAAUUUAAGCCCCAUUUUUAAGUCUUUUUACAGUCUUUUAUUUCAUUUUGUUAGUUUUAUUCCAUGUCAUGAAGACAUUAAAAACAGACUAUCAUCAGGGGAACUUGAUUUUGAAAAAUCUGAGCUUUAUUUAAACAUUUAAAACCAAGGUAAGUUUCGUAUAAAUGCAAAAAACAAGGAUUGUUCCAGCUGAAGCUGUUUGCCAGCUUCUUGGGAGAAUAAGUUCUAUAAUCAAGGUCAAGGAGGUGUGAGAAUGCAGCAGGAAGUUUUUGUCAAAAUGUAUCGUAUGCAGAGGCAAGAGUACACUCAGGAUAAAGAAAAACAUUUAAGGUUUAAAAGGUGAAACAGUUUCAAGACAACAUCAGUGAACAUGUCUUCACCCCCAACAUUGAAAUAACUGCCUAAAUUGUGGCCUUAGUAUAAGCCUCUGUCGCUUUGUCUGUCGUCACAUUGUAAACAUGACGUUGUUGCAUUCUCAGUUGGCUUUCGAUGUCACGUCCUGACUGCUAUGACUCACAUUCCCCCUGCUUGCUGUCUGCUGAAAGGGAAAACUUCACGCUGUGAAGGAUGUGCAAGCAAGCAGCUUUGGAAACUUUUCAGGAGUGCAAAUUGAAGCGUAGGUUGAAGAGAAAUUUAGAAAUGUACAGUAAGUUAGAGCUCAUGUCUAAUCUCUUUACUGUCAAACCAAAACAAUUAUGUAUUGACAUGAAAAUCGAAUGAUAAUUAGAUGAUCUUUCCUAAUGUGUACAAUUGAGUUCCUGCCCAGUCUGCCUCCUCUUUUUCCUUUCACAUGAAACACAAGCUCGCUUUCAAAACAUGGAUUUCCUGAUAGAUAUUUAUGGCACCUGUGCUUAUGUCCCACUGCUAAGCUAGAACCUGUAAUUCCUAUCGUCUCAAUUAACUAUAAUGAAUUGUUCAAGGGGAAAGCUGUGACCACUCAGAUGUUUUGCACUUGAACUCAUCAUCAUUAAGCUAUUAUGUUUGUUAACAUGAAAAGCUAAGUGAGGGCGCAGGAGUGUAAUUGAAAGCGCUCAAGUACACAAACGUGGGAGCUCUAUUCUUGCAGAGUUCUCCAAAGCAUGUGGGAGCUGCUUUUGAGGAUGAUCCUGGACGCGGUGGCAGAAAACAGGGGUGUACAGGUGGAGUUCUACAACCGUUUCCAGUACACAGUAGAGGUGAGUGAUUGUUAAAUUAAAUCUAACCAUUAAAGGUGUGUGUAUAUGACGCCACAGUUGGCAGAUUCACAGUGGGUCGUCACAUCCACAAUCAAAUAAAUGUGGGGAGCCAUAAAAAUAAUGGCUUCCAAAAGAUUAAAUGAUAUUUUGCUGCCUGCUGUGUUGCUGUGUUGUUGUGUACCCCUUCCUCUAAACAGCUCGCACUUUCACUUCAUGAGCAGCUCAGAUUGAUGAGAAACAAAGUUUGUGAGCAUGGAGUUGCAGCACCCACUCAAAUUAAUAGUGAGGCCACUGCAUCUUCAACACAUUGCAUAAUAGCAGUACAAAGUAGGGUUAGGGUUAGGUUACCACAGGUGGAGAGAGGAGAGCAGGGAGAGGAGCAGCAGGAGAAGGAGGAGGGUGUGUGUACCUGUGUGCGUCUAAAAUGGGAACGAUUGAACACAACCAAAGAGAGGCUGUAGCAAUUACAAGCAUGCACAGAGCAAAGGAGGUAACAACUGCAAGGCUAAAAUAUGAGAGAUAUCAUACAAAUUUAUAAUAAAACAAAGCCCAAUUCCGCAUUCCAGUCACCUCGGAAGUCGGCGCUGGGAAUGACGCUACAUCUGAGUCGACGGCGUUCCAGUAAACAAGUCGGAAAACCAAGAUGGACACCUACUGAUAGCCGUUGUUAGCUGUUGUUUACACUUGUCAGCUGUCGUUGGCUGUUUUCAGUUGUUGUUAGUUGUUGUUAGCUAUACCAGUUGUGAACAACGCAUAACACAGUAUUUUACUCUUACAAACACCAUAGCACCGUGUUCACAGUACAUCAUAUGCAACUUAUUUGAUUUCACAAAAACAAAAUGGAGGUGCAAAUGAAUAAUAUAUUAUGAGAGCUUUCACUGUUAUUCUUUACUGUUGAUGCACAGCGCUGCCAUCUUGGAUUAUGACGUUGUCAAGUCGGGGUUGGUGAGGAUUGUCCGACUUUCCGAGUCGGAAAUGCCGACCUCCGGGUACAACUGGAAUGCAGCAUAAGUCUUUACAUUAUAAAGGAUGUCAUAUAAAAGUUUGAUAAGACUGACUGAUCUGUACAUCUGCAGAAAGUGAUCAAAUGUAAGCAGUAAAAGAGUCUGAAUCCUUUGAUUUUUUUAUGACAUGGUGUAAAAAUAUAAUUUUAUGAGUAAAAUCCAGCUUUUGAUGCAGUGAUUAUUUUCACCAAAUUAAAGUCAAUCUGCAGGGAUCGUCAUUUGAGCAGAUGCUGGUUUAUACCAGUUUUUAGCAUUCACUCCAUCAGGUUGCAGAACGUCUUGCUUCUUGGUCCUAUGUGAUUCCUUCUCAGUGAAGAUUUUCAUCUCUACUGUUUUCACUAGCUUCAUAUCAGCGCUGCAGACCGUGUUUGCUGUCCUGUCAUCGUUAGCAUAAAUAAAUCAUUUUAAGGCCACCAGAUAAUACUACAGGUGCAAAUCGAGCUCCUUGUGAAUGACAAUAUGGCACACUCUGUUUAUAAUGUAUUCCAGUGCCAAUUUGACCAGCUGGCAUUGGAUGUGACAGAUUUGCAUGAAAAAUCGCGGAAUGAUGCACAAGUGGGCUGAGUUUGGCAGAUAUAUAGAGUUCGUCUGCCAGAGGUUUCAUGCUGUUUGUGUGAACAACAAGUCUUUCUAUCAUGCCAUGACUUCCUUAUAUCAGAAUAUGAAGGCCGAAUAUCGUGUCUUCAAGGUGGCAUGUAACAUUUCUAAGAGGUUUUCUUGCAUGUUUUAGACCCUGUUGCAGUUUUUCCAUGCAAAAGGAGAGGGCCUUUUAGUGGAAGAUAUGAAGAGUGGGGACUACAAGGUAAGACCUCUUGGAUUCUAUUUGAGAAAUAAGUGAUUCAUGAUGUUUCUCUCCAUCUAACACACUCAUCCUGCUGUAGGCCUUGGAUGAGGAGCUCAGGCUGAACAAAUGCUCUUCAUUUGAGCUGAUUGAACAGUACUAUCUGGAGAAGAUUUCCCUACAGGUGUGUUUCAACUCCCCAGGCUGACUAUUUCACUUUAGCUACAAAGUGGUCAGGGAUGUAUUGAUUGGACAACACCACACUGUGUCAUCUUGUGUUUUACCCUGAUUGAGAUUUUGUCUGUGUGGAAACUUUUUUAAUUUUAAAGAGAGCACUGAAAAGAAAAGGACAAUCCAAAUAAGACAUGCGUUUAUGUGAUAAACUAACAUUACCCCAGUACUACCUUACAUUGGCCAGCUGAUUGUUUAAAUUGCAGUGAUUUAAACUGUGUGAAAUGUUGCAGAAAACACUCAAACACACUCGCUUUGGUCGGAUAAGUGUGAAGUGCUACUAUGAUGCACCAGAGCAGAGGCUGACGGUGGAAAUUCUGCACGCUGCUGAUAUAAUUGCGCUGGAUGCCAAUGGUAACAGCAGUCAAUGAUAUAUACAGGGUAGUCUUUUCAGGUUGGUGUAUCAGUCACUGUCUCUGCUACUAUUCAGGUCUGAGCGAUCCCUUUGUCAUAGUGGAGCUCUGUCCUCACCACCUGUUCCCUUUGGCCAAGAGUCAACGCACUCAAGUCAAACUAAAGACACUUCAUCCAGUCUUUGAUGAACUCUUUUACUUGUGAGUACUACUUCUUUCUCCUCCUCUUCUCUGUGUUAUUCUUGCUUAUUUCAGUUGUGUUGUACAUGCUUGUCCCUGUUUCUCUGUUUGUCUAUUUAUUUCCUUUAGUCCUCGUCUUGUUUUGAUCUAAUUUCCUCAUCUUGGCCUUGUCAAACAGCAGUCAAGCAGAAAUUCUGUCUUUUUCUUAAGGCUUCUGCCCAAUUCAAUUCAGUUUUGAGUCUAGUUUAGCCACUUUAAUCUGUGCUUGCACAUGACUCAAUCCCUGUAUGAGUCAGUCCACAGCCUUAGAUCCUAGUGCAGGAACUCUCUUGGUUGUUUCAAGUCGAGGCCCCUGCCUGAGGAGAUAAAGUUCACAGAAGCAAUUACAUCUUUUUGACUACUUCUGGAAAUUCUCUGCUAUAGUCUCUGGUAUUUGAUGCCGUCCUUGUCCUCUUUUUAACCUUCUCUCUCUCCUUUAUUCUGUUUUUUUGCUUUUAUAUGCUCUUUAUUACUUCCCUUUUAUUGCUUCAAUCAUCCUCCUCCCUUGAUAGCAAAAUGGAUUUUUUUGUUUCUUUGUGUUCUUCAUGAUUGUAUUGCAUAUAUGCUGUCAAAACACAUCGUACAACCUGUUCUUUUAAUUUGAUGUAUAGAUUUUCAAACCUUUAUUUAUUCUUGAAAAGACUGUUGAGGGUUCCUUCAUUUCCAAUACCGCCGAGAUUACAACACAUCAGAACAAGCAAACAGAUGUGAUUUACAAGAUAAUAGAGAUCAGUUAAAACACAUAGAAUCCGAAACAAAAUGGUUAAAAAUCAUUGUCCUCAAGUCUGCAAGGGAAGGAGGAACUUGACUUUUUUAUAGUUUUUAGGAGAGCAUUCCAACAUCGUAAAAUUUUGUUUUACCAAGUUCAACAUAAACUCGAGGGACUGUAUCAGUGGGUCAUGUAGCAAUGUGACAGGAUUGCACUCCAAAAGGUUUGUGAUAUAAAAUGGAUAUUUUCCAAUGAAGGCAUUGAAAUUAAACAAAUAAAGGAAAAAAAAAAUGUUUAUUACAUCUCUCUUCAAGAGAAGACCAACCUUCAAAUACAGGACACAAGGAUGAGCAUCAUGCCUGUCCCUGGUUAUAAAUCUAAUGGAAGAGUGAUAGACAGAGUCUAGAGGUUUUAAAGUGGAGGCUGCUGCAUGUCUGUAAAUUAUAUCAUGGUACUCCAUAACAGACCAUAACACAGCUUCAACAAUUCCUCUACAGGACAAAGAGAAACUGGAUUUAUUUCUGUACAGGAAGCAAACUGUUGCAACAUGGAACAUAUGUGCAAAUAUAUGUAUGCAAUGCUUCUGGCUCUGGAGCAUGGAUUCAGUUUUGACUGCAUUUAGUUGUAGUUUAUGGUUGAUUUAGGAUUUUUUAUAUGAACUAAUGCAAGUUGCAAAUGACUGAUGGCUCAUUGUACAAAAUUUGCAAAACAAUUUAAAACUAUUUCAUCUGCAUAGAGAUUGGCAUCACAGAUAUUCAAAGAGGAAACAAUAUCUUUGAUGUACUAAGUAAAGAACAUGGGUUCUAGAAUUAUACCUUGUGGUACGCCUCUACUGAUACAUAAAAGUCUGAUUUGGCAUGGCCCAACCUAACACUUUCUUCAAACCAAACACAAGCACUUUUUUUCCAACACACAAAAGACAAUUUAUUUAAAAGAAGGUGGUGAUCAACUGUAUUGAAAGCCUUUGACAGGUUUAUAAACAGGGCAGUACAGUGGUGUUUUGUAUCCAAAGCUGAAAUUAUAUCAUUCAUCAUUGUUGUAUAAUGGCUGAGACUGUGCCAUGAUCCAAAACCGGACUGAUUUGGGUUUAGUACUGAGAGAUGUGGUAGAAAGGGCUUGAGUUGAGUGUUGACUAAUGAUUCCAUAAUUCUUUAAAAACAGAGUAGAGUCAGGUAAUUAUUCAUGUCCUCCCUCACACCACCCUUGGUGCAGGGGAACUACAUGUGCAGAUUUCCACACUCUUGGAAAUGGAAAUGUUAAAAAUAGUUAUUAAGAGACCUGUGGUGACUUGAGCAGCAAGUUUAAAAAAGGCAGGGUGUAGAUUGUCCUCACCGGUGGAGCAUCUUGUAUCUAAUGAUUGUAGCUGAGAAGACUAAAUGAGAAGCGGGUGGUAUCGCCCUCUGUUAUCACACUGUCAAUAUCUGCUCCAGUAUUUUUGACACCUGAAAGGAGCCCGGGAAAUUCUUUAUCAAAUAAAAAUGCAGCAUCUGUAUCGUGCUGGUUGAAAGCUGAGCAAAUUUCAAAUUUAUUUGAAAGCACAGAUCAUUGAUUUUUAUUUUAACAGGAAAUGGUUUGGAAGUCGUGUUUUGAACUUUGCAGGAUUUGAGGAGGAGCAAGUGAUCAGAUUUAAAUAAUAGUCAGAUUUAGCUUUUUUAACAGCUGCUGUACAUUUAUUCCAAAGCUGUUUAAAAGAUGAAGGUUAUCCUUUAAUGAUCAUUAUCAUUACACUGGGUUGCUUAGAGGAAGGUCUACCCUGCUCUUUUUUUCAAGGGUCUCAAGGUAAUGGCACCAUGUACAUAAAGGAUGUAUUUUUGUCUCUGUAAGGAGUGUUCAGUGAUCUGAUUGGUUCCUGUCUUUCAGCCACGUCAGUCCUGAGCAGUACAGACACAGGUAUGCCUGUUUGACCUUCACUGUGAUGGACUAUGACUGGCUCUCCACUAACGACUUCGCCGGAGAGGCCGUUGCUCCUCUCAGCGACUUCUGCUGGCCUGGGAGGCCGAACGCCUCAGCAGCCGGCAAGAGCGUCCAGCCUGUCAUCCUUCACUUGUCUCGCAGUAAACCCAGCGGUACAUAACAGCUUCUGGCUGUAUCAGUUUUUUUUUGUUUCACCCAAACAUAAUAUCAGCUUCAUGGGAGACCCCAGGGUAUAGGUGUGGAUUUCCAAUUACUUUGUUCAAUACGACAUGAAAAGCCAUUCAAUCUAGAGAUAUUUGUGUCAGGUGCAGGAACUACUCUCAUCUGUUUGCUCUCCCCUCCAGAGAAGCCAAUCAUGAGGAUGCUGGACGCCCGCAUCGGAGACAGGGAGGCUCAGGAGUUUGUCCGCAGGCUGAAGGAGAUUGAGAAGUCGAUGGAGGAGGAGUGA